UCGUUGUGCUGCGCUGCAUUUGUUGUUUUUGUUUUGCUCUGAAUGGUAAAUUCAGGAUAUUUUUAAUUAUAAUUAAUUAAAAAGUUAAUCGGAUCCUAAGUCUUACUGUCCCAUAAACUCUAGCAGUGCAUGGUUGCAGGUUUAAGAACUUAACGCGGCUUAGCUUAAAGUUGAACGACAACGAUAAAAAAGCUGCAUAAUUUUGGCACUGUCCAAGAAUUCUAGGCCCCUUGGUGGAACCGGUUUUAGUAAACCAUAAACAUUCGUUUAUAAAACCCGAUAUCCAGUUUAUCCAGUCAUUUUUGUGCGGUGUACAUCAGAAACAGCCUUCUGUUUUGCUUCCAGUAUAUGAAAAUCAACAUGUUUUCAACACCACUUGGAUCAUUACCUUUCGCGUCAAGCGUGCAAUUCAGAGAACACAUUGGAUUUCAAGAGGACUACCUCAGAAAUAUGGAGCAGAACAACGGUUCAGGGGAUAGCUGUUCUGGAGGCUUAGACAAAACCAAGCUGAUUGUAAACUACAUCCCCCAGUUUGCCACCGAGGAAGAUUUGGGCCAGAUCUUUGUGCCCUUGGGUAACGUGGAAAGUAUUAAGAUUAUGCGCGACUACAAGACUGGUUACAGUUAUGGAUUCGGGUUUGUUAAAUAUUAUAAGGAGGAGGAUGCGGCCAAAGCCAUUAAUAUGUUAAAUGGGUUUAAUUUUAGAAACAAGCGUUUAAAAGUAUCAUACUCCAGACCCCCUGGAACCGACAUGAGAGACUCCAACCUUUAUAUAACCAAUCUUCCGAAAGAUGUUACAGAACAGGACGUAGAAAAUUUGUUUAAGGAUUAUGGAGAAAUUGUUCAAAGGACAGUGUUGAAGGAUAAACACACCGGAAUGCCGAGAGGAGUAGCCUUUGUUAGGUUUUCAAAAGGCGAAGAGGCGCAGGCAGCUAUAGCCAAUCUAGACGGUAAAUUAUUAGAAAACGCGAUGUUGCCGUUGAGUGUCCGCGUGGCGGAAGAUCACGGCCGACAAAAAGCGCAAUACUUAGAAGCGUGGAAUCCUUUAGGACCCGGUUUAGGUGCGAGGGGCUUUCCUCCAUUAAGAACCAGCCUGUUACCGUUUCGAGACAUGACCAUACCCACCAGACCGAUCCUACCAAACCGGUUUACCCGGUUUCCCACCUAUACUAGUCCAAACGUGCGGAAUUUGGGUGCAGGAGACACGUUUUUUCAAAAUCCGUUUUUCUAUUAGGGACUCGGAAAAAAUAUAAGUUGAGUUAGAAAUGGCGGUACGUAGAAGCAGAACUAAAUUAUCAUUUUAGCGAAUUUAAUUUCAGUUAAGAGAAGUUAAUCGCUUUAUUUGACGUAUUUGAACUACUGUUGGCACAGACACCGGAGGUUUUGAAGAAAAUGGAUUUAAGCUUUAGCAGUUAUUUUAUCUAUGUUUAAUAUUUAAUAAAAAAGGAAAAGAUUAUGUUUCUUUAGGGAUAUUUUUUUAAAUUUAAAAGUUGUAAUUGUUUUUUUAAUUGAGGCGUUUUUGGGAUUUUGGACAAGGUGCUUUUGAAAAUUCACUUUUGACGGAUUUUAGUGUUGGACGUUUUGGAUAAAAGAGGGUCUUUCUCAAUUAAAUGUAUCGGUUUAUAGAUAGAUAGAAUCAUUGUUGCUAUAAUUUUUCCUCUGUUAGCUAUUUUCUAUAGCAAUUUAUACCAUCUCUCGUAGAUCUCUUCUAUAAGGUACGAAUAUAACGGGUUUCAACAAUAUUACGAGCCAAGAGAUAACUCUUGUCAGAAAAACUGGGAUAACUUUUAAAUUCGUUGAUUUCUUUAUGGUAAGUGAUUAUAUUUUGGCAUCAAAUUAUUGGAAAUAUCAACUUGCUUUUUUUCAAUAGACACCCCUGUAUAUAUAUUUUUUUUAAUUCCUCGCACAACUCUGAAUAAAAGAGACUCUUUAUUUGGAAGGUUUAUACAGCAAAAAUAGGACAGUGACAAGAAAAAUAGAUAAUUCAGAAGAAGCUAAUUAACUAUCACAAAAUUAUUUGAUGAGAAAGAUGCAAAUACUGAGUAAAACAGUCAAAAGAAAGAGAUGAUAUGUUGGGAAUAAUGUCCGGAAUAAAGGAAUAUUAAAGGCGUUUGCGAAAGGUAAUAAUAGAAAAAUACUAGAAGACUUCACAUUCACUAAAAUUAAAAAUUUCGGAUCCAUAAAAAUACCAAAGAAACUAAUGCAGGUAGUUUUCGUCCAUAAAAGCUUAAUAAAAAUCAUGAUUUAGUAAUAUUUUUGAAUUUUUUUGGUACUAAAAUACAUCAUUAAGAUUAAAUAUCGGCUAAAAAAAUAUAUACCAAUUAAUGCUGAAUGUUUGGAGGUUUGAAAGGACGUUUUUCUUUUAAAAAUUGCGGUAGCUUAGAGAUAAAGGUAAAAAUAUUGACAUUUUUCGGUAGUUUCAAUAUUAUUUUUUGUUUAUAAAUAUUUGAUAAAAAGAAGUGUAUAAAAACUCUUACUUUUAAUACAAACAAGUACAUACCAACUGCUUAAUACUAAUAAUCUUCGUGUAAUUACAAAUAAUUUUUAUCAAAAAACUUUUCUUAUACUUUUAAUACACCGCAUCUCUGGAUCUGUUUUCGAUUUAACAUGAAUAUUAUUUUAAUUGCAAAAUACUAUUUUUUUUUAUAUAGUGUUUUAAUUGGAAAUUAUAUAUUUGUAAAUAUUUAAUAUUCCUUAUAUUUAAAACUAUAGCAGAUGUUCGAAAAGAACAGACUCUGUUUUAUUUAGAUGCAUUCAAGGUAUAUUGAAAAAACCAAAAAUAUGCGGGAUGUUCCAAUAAAAAAGCAAUAUGAUACCACUGACGGUCACACCGGAAGUGAUAUUCAGUUGUUUGAUAUGUCACAAUAUUAGAACCAUCAAGAUCAAAUUUUAAAAUAACCGUUACUAAUUAUCCUAGUCAAAGGAUAAUAUCGUUGAUUCCCAGUAGUAUUUAGACAGUCCACUAUAAGUUUCGGUAUCUGUCUUUAUUCUGAUUGGUUGAUUUGAAUAAAUCUCGAUGUCGCCUGAGGACGGUGCCGAAUCGUAUAGCGGAAUGUUUAGGCUUUGCUGAAAGCCAAAGUUGAAUAUGGCCUAUGAAAGUGGAUCUCGUUGUAGAAAACCAUUAUUUUUGAGGUUAUUAUUGAUUGUUGCUUUUAACCAUUUUGUUUUGUUUAUUGGUUUUAUCACAAAAAUAGGUAAUUUUAAAGGAUUUAUAAAUAAAUAUUAAAUAUAUUAUUUAAAACGUUUAUGCGAGUUUUUAAGUAACAUGAUUCAAAACUUUCAUUGCAUAGGUACCAUGUUUCUUAUAUUUCGACAAAAUUAAGGUUUUUUUUUUAAAUCCAUAAAUUAUUACUUAAAUACAUAAAUAAUUAAUUUUAAUAGAUAUUGAUGCUGCCAAGCUAUUUAUUUAAGGUGCCGGAUCGUAUAACGGGUGCUGAAUCCGGGUACAAUGUUAAAGCGGUGCCAAAAUGCAGAGUGGAAUGUUGAGAUUUUUUAUGAAGGUUUUAUGCAUAGGCUGUAUGUGUAUAUUUUUUGAAAAUCUAAGCUGUUUUAUUUAUUUAGUACAAUUUUUUCUUCAUAUUAUGAGCAGGAUGAUUCUUUAUAAUUUGACCACCCAAUUAUUUUAUGUUUCACUAUAUAGAAAAAAAUUUGCAUUAUAAAAGUUGUAGCAGGUGUUAUGUAGUUUAUAUUUAGGUAAAAAUUUUAUAAUUAGGUAAUAAUUUUAGGUAAAACAAGAUGAUACAAACAAAAAAUAUUUUUUUCUUUCAACAAAAAUUCGAAGUCUCACAUGUCGCAUUUGGUUUAAACAAUUAAAAAUCAAACUUUUCAUGUUUUUUGAAGGUCAUAGAGUUAAAACUGCAAGAUUUCUAUAAUACCUUUCUAAGAUCUAUUUUCAGACAUACAUUUUAUAUGUAAAAAAUUUUGACGAUUGAAAUUUACAGUGACAUUUAUGCCAAGAUUGCUUUCAAAAAGUUAACAUAGCAAAAACGAAUUGUUUUCAUAUUUUUAUUAUUUUAGGUCUAUGAUCAUUUAAAGAUAUAAAAAAACUUUGAUUUUUGACUGUGUAUUAUUCAAAAACCAUUAAACCAAAUAGGACAUGUAAUAUUUUAAAUUUUUUAUAAUUUUACGUAAAAUCUAAAACUUAAAUAAGAUAUAGGGUGUUCCAUAAGAAGAAAUUACAUUUUUGUUACACAUACACAUAAAUUUCUUACACUAAAGAAAAGUACAUAACAUCCUGCCUUAGAGAAAGGUGGUAGGGUAGGCACAUUAUAAACAAACAUCCUGUACCAUGUAAAAAUAUGCACUAUUACCACAAAAAAGGUUAUGGUUUAAAUAAAGUAGGUGGAUAAAUCAUAAAUUAUUAUCUAGUAAAAGUUAAUUCAAGAAGCAUUUAUUAUUAUUUAUGGAUUAAAAAAAAAAACGUUAAUUUCAAUAAGAAAGCUUCUAGGUUUAGAUAAUUUUGUCAAAAUAUUAAAAAAACGUGGUACCUAUGCAGUAAAAGCGGAAAAGCUUUGCAUCAUGUUAAUGGAAAAACCUCACAUAAACGUUUUAAAUUUUAUAUUGAAUAUUUAUUCAUAGAACCUUUAAAAUUAAAUGUUUUUGUGACAAAUCAAAUAAACAACAAACAAUCAUAACCUCAAAAAUAAUCGUUUUGUGCAACGCAAUCAACUUUAUUAGGCCACAUUGAAUUUUAAAUUCCAGCACCGCCUGAGCAUUCUGCUAUACGAUUCGGCGCCGUACUCAGGUUAUUGUAUGACGGCAUCGAGAUUUAUUCAAAUCAACCAAUCAGAAUAAAGACAGGUGCCGAAUCCUAUUUAGCAUUAAAUUGCUUAAAUCACAAUAAGUUUUAAUUCUAGGAUUUCAAUGGCUUUAUAUGUCACAAAAAAAAACUUUUUACAAGGUACUAAAAUCUACAGGGUCGUUUAAAUCCCAUUUUCAUUGCGUCGACCUACUUUAUUUUCGGGUAAUUAGUUAAUCCAUUUUAAUUUCAUAAAUUAAAUUACAAGAUCUUUUAAUUUUUUUUUCUUUUAAAAAAGGAUUUCUUAAGACAAUUUGUCCUUUUUUUUGAAUUUUUAAAACAUUUUACGAAGCUAUUUAUUUGUUAUUUUUUUAAUUAAAUAACGAUGGCUACAAUCUUUGAAACUCUAAAGAAAUAUAUGGGGGUAUAUGGGCGUAUGUCCGGAGACGCUUCAUUUUCGAGUUACAGGUUGUAAUUUGUUUUAAUCGACUUUUUAUUAAUAUCUGAAAAACGUUUUUUCAUAUUUAAGUUUGAUACAAAUAUCAAACGCAGAAAAAAUUGAGGCGUACACACAAAACAAAUUCAUUUUAAUCAGCUAAUUAUUUGCGACGCCAGCACAGUUAUUAUUUGAAAUUUACACCAAAAGUAGCAUCUUAUUAAUUAGUUUAUUCGAAGUUGUUUUUUUAUUUUUUAAAUAUUAAACAUAGAGGUGAUUUUUCAGAUAAUUUCGAAGCAUUUUAUUUUUUUUUCGUGGAGGCCAAAAACUAUUGUGAGUGCUCAAAUAUGAAUGAAAUAAUAUGAAAACGAAUAGCAAGCUACGCAAAAAAAUCAAGCGACAAAAAGUGGCAUUUUUAGUUGUACCUUUAAUAACGUAACUGUACUUAUAUAAAUAAUUAACAAACUAUAAAAAUGUCGGUAAAGUAUUCAUGGGAACAAUUCAACAACUUCGCUAAACGCGUUUUUUAGAAAUUAGUUAAAAAUCAAAAUAUCCUGUAUCUCGAAAAUGAAGCGUCGUAUAAAAAUUACAAUGAAUCAUCUCUUAAAAUUAAAGUCAUCACUUAUGUUGUACCCCGGAUAAUAAUUUUUAAAAAGCCUAAUGUUUUUUUCAAAGCUUCUCACACAUCCUAUUAUUUGACUAAUCUUCAGCUUUCAAAUCGCUUCUUUUGAUCUUCACUAAUAAUUAUAGCAAACAAAUAAGAGAGCGAGUCUUUCAAUGACACACAAAACUAAUGAGUUUGAAUAAUUAGACUUUCCGAAGAAUUAGGGGGUUCAUUUAUUGUGCACUCAACAUUUUUUUAGUUGCUUUUAUUGACGCCAAAAUUAAGUAGGAAGCAAUUCUGAAAAUAAUUAUAAAUUGGCGGUAUAGUAUGCUCUUCAAAAUUCAAAAGUUAUCUUAUUUUGCUAUUACCCUAGAUGUUACAAUUUAUUAAAAAAAGAUCAAUGAUCUUAGCGUUAGCUUAAUCUUAUUGAUGCUUUUAGCAUUUAAUGACAUCCAUGUCCUGAGUAGUUCAAAUACCUCAUAUUAAUGUAAAUUAAGAAAGAUUUAUCUCCUGGGGCUAUAGUAAACGUUUAUAUUUUUCCGUUGUUGCUUCUACUUACCAAGUUUCUUUCUUGGCAACAUAAAAAAAAAGAUAAUAAUAAUUUGCCUUCCGUAAAAUAAUUUGUUCGUUAGGUUUUUGUUAUUUACCUUUACGCCGGUCUGAAUUUGACUUAAUUUUGCGUUACUUUUUUGUUCGUACUUUAUUUUUUUUUGUUUUUCCGACCGGCGUCUAGGUGGACCCACCCCUCCCCGUUGUUUGUUUCAUUAUUUUUGUUUUCCAUUGAGAAAAGACUGUUUUGUUUCUGACCUAUGAUAAAGAUGAUGAUUUUUAUACACAUUUCUACACGAAAUGCCUAAGCUGAGAUAAUAUUGUUUAGAAUAUAUUUCUUGGUUAUUGUAAGAAAAAAAUUGGCGAUAUAUUGUCAAAAGAUAUCUAUUAAGGAAAAAGGCCUCUCGAGGACAUCUUUCUCAUGCAAUAAGUCUCUUAAGAGAUACAGAAUAAUGAAUAAUUAUAUUAAGUAUGGUUUUCUGGCCCUGCUGGUUGGGGCUCGAAAAUAGAGAUGUACCUGAAUGGUUGUUUUGUCGAUUUUUUUCUUAAACUAUGUUAGAAUAGAACUUGUAUAGCUUUAUAUUUUAGUUGACGUAAGAAGUGCUAAAUAAAUGAUGUUGUUAAUUAUAA